AGUUUGUGUAUGAUUUUAGGGCGAGGUUGUUGCGGGGUUAGUUUCAUGCUAACUCGCUACUCACUCGGCCCCGGACGGUGCAGUUUCUCCCUCUCGUUCAUAAUAAUUCAACUUUAUCUGAAUGUUUUGAUGUCCGGAUGGAAAACCGUGCUGUUGAGUUGAAUGCAUGUUGUUUUUUUGCAUGGGGUUUGGUCUGGUUCACUUCUGCUCCGGUGACGGCAAAAGAGAUGGGAUGUUUAUUUUAUCUCCAGUUCAACCCUCCCUGCCACAACUGCAACACCACAUGUCCCCUCAGUUAAGUGACAGACUUCAACAAUGGCUUGGAGGCCAGUUCAGACUCAGACGACGAGGACAAGCUACACAUUGUGGAGGAGGACAGUCUGCAGGAGCCCGAGGUCGCCAACACUGAUGGGACCAAAAUGGAGGACAGCCAUGGCGCCACGACAAGCCCAGUAUUACCCUACAACGGCUCCUUAAACGGAGUGAAGGAGGAGUAUGUGUCAGAAGAGGAAGGGGAGGCUGACAAGGAACCUCUAGUGGAGGAGAUCCUCCAGCAGGGAGACACAGCCGUCAUCUAUCCUGAAGCCCCUGAGGAUGAGCAGAGUCCAGCAGAGACAGGAGGCGCUGAUGAAAACGGCACACCAGAUUCCUUCUCCCAGUUGCACACCUGCCCAUACUGCUCACGGGGCUACAAGCGCAACGCCUCGCUGAAGGAGCACAUCAAGUAUCGCCACGAGACCAGCGAGGACAACUACAGCUGCUCGCACUGCAGCUACACAUUCACGUACCGCUCACAGCUGGAGAGGCACAUGAGCCACCACAGGGGCACAAGGGAGCAGCGUCACGUUACCCACCGGCCGACAGGUGGAUCAGAAGGAAAAGGUGGAACCCGCAAGUUCAUGUGUACCGAAUGUUCCAAGGCCUUCAAAUACAAGCACCACCUGAAGGAGCACCUGCGCAUUCACAGUGGUGAGAAACCAUAUGAAUGCUCAAACUGCAAGAAGCGAUUCUCCCACUCAGGUUCCUACAGCUCCCACAUCAGCAGUAAGAAGUGUGCAGCAACCCCCAAUGGCGUCCCUCGAUUGCCGAUCAAAUCUCCCCCACCCACCACCCAGACCACACCGGUCGUAAUUGCUCCAGCCCGCAUGAUUCUCAAAGAGAAGACUGACAGCAAGCCCCUCCAGGAGCAGCUCCCCGUCACCCAGAUCAAAUCAGAACCUGUGGAAUACGAGUGCAAGGCCAUGAUGGCAGCACCAGCAACUUCAGCUGGUACCAACGGGGUGGUGAACGGAGGGACGGCACAGCCAGCUGUGGUUCCAGCUGCAACCUUGCCUCAGGGCAUGGCUAUGGUGGUGCCAGCCGUCGGCCUCAUGUCGCCCAUCAGCAUCCACUUGAACGACUUGCAGAAUGUGCUCAAAGUGGCGAUGGAUGGAAACGUGCUCAGGCAGGUGCUGGGCACAGCUAACGGGGUGGUGACGCAGGGAAAGCAGGGAAUCGUAGUUCAGCAGCCCCAGCAGCAGAUCAUCAGCCUGCCAGCCUUUGUGGAUCACGACGGCACCACGAAGAUCAUCAUCAACUACAGCAUCAGCCCCACAGCCGCUACCACUGCCACGGGCCAGCCUGCACCGCUUGUUGCCAAAACCAAUCCUGCUCCCCCUCCCACUGUCACCACUGCUGCAGCCCCCACCCCCACCAAGACAGACAGACCCUCGACACCAGAGGUGGCCGACCUCUCCAUUGUAAAGGCCGAGCCCGAAUCGGUAGCCAUCCCAGACAUUGAGGCAGCCACACAGACAGAAAUGGAACCUGUCAAGACUUCAUAUGCCCAAACAGCUCAUAUGCCAAAAGUCAACAGCUCCAGUUCGUGUUUACUCUGCGAUGACUGUCCCGACAACCUGGAGGCGCUACACCUCCUCCAGCACCGCAAAGCAGCCAAUGGGGAGGCCGUUGACUCGGCCGCGUUGGACCCCUCGUUCGCCGCUCUGCUCAGCGAGGCAGGGGUGACGCUGGAGGAGCCACCUGUGGACGACCUGCUCUCACUCCUCAAGACCUACUUUGCCUCCAAUGCCAAACCCAGCGAGAAGGAGCUGUCAAAGAUCUCGGAGUCUGUCAGGAUUCCCGUGGAUGUGGUCAGAAAGUGGUUUGCCAAGAUGAACUCUGGGAAAAAUGUGGGCAAAUAUCGCAGUGGCGCUACAGCGGUUUCCAAAAAGACUGAAACCACGAGUCUCAGCUUGGAGGACGCCUCGAAUCAUAACGGUGAGGCAGAGGAGGACAGCUCCCAAGAAACCUCCAACAAAGCCCCAUCCGAAUCUGGCAGCGCAUCUCCGUCAGACUCCUCACCACUAAGCCUCAACGCCGGGGACCUCGUCAUCGUUAAGAGUGAGCCAGAAGACCCGGACACCCCGGACUCCCAGGCCGAGCCGCUCGACCUCUCCCUCCCUAAACACAUCGCAGCAGCAUUGGAGACGGCCCAGCCCCCCGCCAAGCAGCAGGAGCACCCCCUGAACCUGACCUGCCUGAGGAAGGAGCAGCUGGACGGGCGAACCUUCUACGUCAACAAGACCGGAGGGCCCGUCAACAUCGUCACUACCACACAGCUGCCCACGUUAGUGGCCAUCGCUGGUCAGGGCGCGGUGGGCUGUCUCAGCGCCAUCAACACCACGACCAAACGCACCAUCCUCAUCCCCCAGCUCACCUACACCUACGCCACUACGGCCGGCAGCGCCACCGGAGCAAAGACUGUCGUACUGAACGGCCACACGCAGGGGAAGAGGCUGGAGAGCAGCUCUGAUGCCGUCUCCACGGUGGAGGAGCAGAACGACUCGGACUCAGCCGUGCUGAUGAAGAAGCGGCGGCUGGAAAACGGCGUCUACCCGUGUGACCUUUGCUCCAAAGUCUUCCAGAAGGGCAGCUCCCUGCUUAGGCACAAAUAUGAACACACAGGAAAGCGGCCCCACGAGUGCAGCAUCUGCAAGAAGGCCUUCAAACACAAACACCACCUGAUCGAGCACUCGCGGCUGCACUCCGGUGAGAAACCCUACCAGUGCGAUAAGUGCGGCAAGCGUUUCUCCCACUCGGGCUCAUACUCCCAGCACAUGAACCACCGCUACUCCUACUGCAAGAAGGACGGGCCGAGCUCCGGCUCGGGCCCACGCGAGGCUCAGUCGGAGCUCGGCAGCCCCCUCGGCACCGGGCCGCAGUCGGACAGCCGGACCACGACCCCUCCCUCCCAAAUGGACUCAGAUGAGAGGGAGAGCGAGGACGAGGACGACGAGGCAAUGUGCAUGGACGACAUCCGGGUGGUGCAGGUGGACGACGGCGAGUGUGAGAUCUACGAGGGCAACUUUGAGGAGGACGAGGACGGCGAGGAGAUGGCGGAGGAAGACACGGCCGGAGAGGAAGAGGCAGACGGAGACAAGGUGGACAACGAGUUUGUUUGUGACGUGGUGGAGGUCGAGCUUGAGGAUGGUCACGUGGAGGACAAAGAGACGGAGGAAACGACUGAAGAGAAGGAGGAAGCGGAAAGCACGGAUACAGAGGAAGUGGCAGACUGUGAAGCAAAUACGGACAAAAGCAUCAGGGAGGGCUCAGACAGUGCUGAAUCCACAGAGGAAGUGGUGACAAACGCCAAAUAAAAUGAUGGAAAAUCUCUUCGGGACAGCUCAAAAUGCCUCGGUGAUGACAUUUCGAGUUAAUUCAGACAAAGCCGCAGAAAAGUCGAGAAAGUCACAGCGGUUGCCUGAUCUUAACGGUCCACUACUGUGUACAAAAACCCAGGUGUGCCUGAACUUGGAAAAAAAAAAAGUGACUUUUUUUUCUUGUGGAAAUGAAAUAUCAGUGUUAAAAUUGUUUAUAGAAGUCCAGAUUUUAAAGCAGAAUUCACCCAUCAACGUGUUAGACUUGUUACUGAGACAUACCAGGUUGUUUUUGUUUGUCUGUUUUCAUUUGGUCAGUGUUACUAAUCUUGUUUGAAAACAUUUUAACCUGUAAAGAUGAGAGAUUUCUAUACCUUUUUAUUGCCAAUGAAGUUUCCUAAAUCAGUAUUUUAUUGAGUUCUACGAACAAAAACCUCUGCACUACAGUAUUCCUGGUUUACCUACGGAUACAUGCCUCAUGCAUCGUAUGCCCUUCAGUGUUAUAUACGUACACUAGCUAGCAAGAUGUUGUUUGUGUUAGUGUUGGCUAGUUAGCAUUACUUUAGUUUUCAGUUGGACUGUUAGCCUUAAGGAAAACAAAGUAUUCUUGGGGAGGAUUGUGGGCGGGAUGGGGAGUCCGGGAUGAGACGUCGGCUUCUGUACGCCAUAUCCAAACUUGCCCUAUCAGGGAAGGUGGAGUCACAACCUUAAAGCCAGCAUCAGGGCUCUGUGUUUUCGCAACCCGGCGUAGCCUACACGGGUGGAGUCUCCAGGUGAAGAUUGAAAUGCAGACUCCGCCUCGCCUGGCUCCGCUGCGGUUCGGGAAACGCACGCGCCCAUUCUUACCGAUCUUCUCCUUAUUUUGGUUGACUUUAAAGUUUCAGUGUUAUUAGCUUAUAAAUGAAGUCAUACUGUACGUGAAGGACCAGGGCUGUUCCCUGCUCCACCCCAAUGCCUCCAGCCUUAUGCAAGACCUGUGUGCUGUUAAAAGUGCCAUUGAACAGUGUUAUCAUUUCUUCUUUACACAUGUAGCCAGUAUUAUGUCCCUCUGUUACCUACACGAGACCCAUAUUGACUAAUGUUUGUCGACUUGCACAGAACAGCUCAUUUGUCACAAUAGCUGAAAGAUGCAUCCUGUGAAAUGAAUUUAAAUAUUUGCAAGGCCUACAAAAGUAUUUGGACCACUUGUUAGGGCUUCACAGUAUUAGGGCUUCAACUAUCGAUUUUGGUCAUUGAUUUUUCUUUUCUUUUUUUUUUGGAUUAAUCGAUUAAUUGUUAUCUCUAUUAAAUGACAAUAAAUAGUGUAAAAGGGGCCAAGAUGGUGCCUUUAAAUGUCUUACUGUGUCUGAACACAAAUUUAAAACCCAAAUAUAUUCAGUUUACAAUGAUAAACUGAGAAUCCUAGCUACACAAUGUUGUCCAAAGUAUUUAAAUUGUAGUUGAAAAGUAAAGACCUUUUGAAGCAGAGGAAGGUGUGGGAACUGUUGAGAAAUAUAGUCCGGACUGAGCUUACCUGUGGAUAUGAAAUGCCUUGUAAACUCAUUUCCUGCUGAUGGUAAAAGUUUUUAGAAGAAGUGAUUUAAUAUGUUGGACUUCAUGUCACAAGUUUAAAAAAAUGUUUACAUAAGUGUUUAAAAACAGAAAGUGUUCCAUUUUCUGCAGAAAUAUUUGAAGAUUAAGACACUCUGCUCCACCUGGUUGGCUCGGAAAGAAAUACAAAAAAUUAACAAAACCAAGAUGAAUUUGAAGUAAAAUGGAGACAAGGAUUUACUGUAAAGUAAAUAAUUCAGCCCAACUUGUGCACUUGUUUCGGAUAGUAAAAAAGAAAAUAAAAAGCUGUCCCGCACUUCAAACGUUAGUGAAUGUGGUCUCUGUCGAUGUGUUUUCAGUUGGUUUUACCGAACAGUGUUUAUAAUAUUAGUCUGUUUUCAUUUUUUCUUUUAUGUGUGUCCUCUGUAUAAUUUUUUGACAAUGGCAGUAUUAGAACCCUUUUCACAGAUUAAAAAAAUUUACCUGUUUAGUUUUUAGAAGACUUUUUUAUAUUUAUGUGUCUUAUUUUUAUAUUUUCUUUUAUGGUUAUUUAUUACACAUUGUAACGUACAUUACUGUAGUUUGAAUUGAUACAAUAAUAUAUUUUAGUAUGAAAAAUAACCUCAAGACGAACAAAAAACCCCAACAUGUGGUUCUGGGAGCUGAAGUUUGUUUUAACAAAAAAAAACAUAAAAAGAUAAAACAUGUAUUCUGUAAACAUGACUUCUGUUUUAAGCUAAAAAAAAAAAAAGAAAAAAGACAGGAAUGAAGUGAGAAAUAGAAACUUGUUACAUGUGCAUCCGCUCUUUGCGUCGUUAUGAAGCUACUGAAUUCUAAAACUCUGUGAUUUUCAAAGCAUGAGUCAUUGCGUUUUAAUGAAGGAUCUUUUUAUGAAGCCUCCCUUUUUAUUUCGAAGCCAAAUUCCGAUGGUCCCGCCACCCUGUUUUCUGUUCUGUGCCAACUUCCAUUGUACUGUCGAAGGCUGCAUAUCACAUUGUUCUGUCCUCACCCUUUGUAAAUCCACUGUCUUUUUGUAUUGUUUUUAUUUUAGUUUUGCUCCAUUUUUAUGACUCCCCAUCACAAUAAAAUAUAAGAAAGCA